AUGGAGAAGCUCCUGAGUCCCAGUUUCUUUGAGAGUGAAAAUGUCACAGAGAUAUAUUCUGACAUCAUCACUGCCACACUGCCUAAGACAAAACACAAGGAGCUCCCUGAGCCUGUCAACUUCACUGUGUUCCACAAGAAGCUCAACUGCAUCUCAUUUUGUGUGAUCCUCUGGAGCCUGCAGCCUACUCUAGUCAACAUGAAGAGUGACAUCUCCCAGUCUAAAGACACCAGAGACCCAAGAAGACCAACAUUAGCUAUCCCCGUUCUCAACAUGAAUGAUAAGGGCCAGUCACGUGAAAUGUUCUUCCUCCGUGAACUCAACAAGGAUUUGGUGAACAACCCCGAUAUUGUACUGCCUGAGAAGGCGGUGACUAAUGCCCUGAGCAUGAUCAUGCCCAUCACAGAAAACAUAUCUCCUGACAAGGCAAAGGAAGACCAAGUCAAGACUGCCAACAUGGUCCUGAGAAUCUCAGAAGGGCUGGUGUCUGCCCUGGUUGAGCCCAAGUCUCAGGAAAAUAAUACAGAGUCUCGGAAAACUGUGAAGACACCAACCAUGGCUCUGAUGUCAGUCAAUGGGAUGGAGAAGCUCCUGAGUCCCAGUUUCUUUGAGAGUGAAAAUGUCACAGAGAUAUAUUCUGACAUCAUCACUGCCACACUGCCUAAGACGAAACACAGGGAGCUCCCUGAGCCUGUUAACUUCACUGUGUUCCACAAGAAGAAGUUCCAGGCUGGCCUGGUUACCUGUGUGUACUGGAAGGAACAGGGGGAGGAGACUCACUGGUCAGUGAAUGGGUGCACAGCCUCCUUCUCCAAUGAGAGCCUGACAGUAUGCAGCUGUACUCACCUCUCCACCUUCGCCCUCCUCCUGCAGACGGAGGAACAGGAAGAGGACAGUUCUCUGCUGGAGGUGGUGAACCUGUUCUGUAUGAGUGUGGGUCUGGCCUUCCUCGCCCUUGCCAUCCUCACAUUCCUGCUGUGCACAUGGAACCCUAAAAUCAACAACACCGCCCGCCUCCACCUCAGUAUCUGCCUCUUCUUGGGUCACCUGCUCUUCCUUGUGGGCGUGUCUCGCACUGAGAAUGCGGUGGCGUGUGCAGUCAUUGCAGGCAUGCUGCACUUCCUCUUCCUGUCCAGCUUUGUGUGGAUGCUGCUGGAGACUCUGCAGCUCUUCAUGCUGGUCAGGAGCCUGUCCAAAGUGCAGGUAAUCCAGAAGGAGGGGCUGAGGGCACUGUACCUCCUGCUGGUUGGCUACGGAGCUCCCCUGGUGGUGGUGGGAGUGUCUGCAGCGGUGUAUUCAGACGGCUAUGGCAGCAAAGGCGCUUGCUGGUUACAAAAUGAAAAAAACUUCAGUUGGAGUUUUAUUGGUCCAGUGGCUGCUAUUCUCGCCCUCAACUUGGUCUCGUUUUGUGUGGUCAUCUGGAGCCUGCUGCCUACUCUAGCCAACAUGAAGAGUGACAUUUCCCAGUCAAGAGACACCAGGUUGAUUAUCUUCAAAAUUGUUGCCCAGUUUCUCAUUUUGGGGUGCACCUGGAUCCUGGGAUUUUUCCAGAGAACCUCUGUGUUAAAAUACCUCUUCGUCAUUCUCAACUCACAGCAGGGCACCUUCAUCUUCAUCGUUCACUGUCUGCUCAACAAAGAGGUGCGGGAGGAGUACAGGAGGUGGCUCUCUUGUCUGUGUAGAACCGAAGGGCCUUCAGGAGGCAGACACAAAGAAAAUGACAUGAAACACUCUGGGACAGUGACUAGUUUCCUGAGCAUUGCCAUGUCUGUUGUACACAUGCCCCCUGCGGAGGGAAAGAAUGCAGAUGUAAGCAGCAUCCUCCUGAAAAUCACAGAGGGGCUGGUGGAGCCCACUAAGACCCAGACUAACAAAUCUAUGAAGACACCAACCAUGGGUAACACAAUGGACAGGAGUCAGUGGCUAGUUACAGCGGCCUGUAGCAUCGUGGUUAAGACGCAUGACUGGAACCCGCAAGGUGGCGUGUGCAGUCAUCCUGUCUUCCUGUCCAGCUUUGUGUGGAUGCUGCUGGAAACUCUGCAGCUCUUCCUGCUGGUCAGGAGCCUGUCCAAAGUGCAGGCCAUCCAGAAGGAGGGGCUGAGGGCACUGUACCUCCUGCUGAUUGGCUACGGAGCUCCCCUGGUGGUGGUGGGAGUGUCUGCAGCAGUGUAUUCAGAGGGCUAUGGCAGCAAAGACAUGUGA